AUGAGCAGAGUAAAUAAAUUAGAAGGCAACUCAGAGGCAUCUCCAGACUUAGACAACUACGAUGGAAUAGAAGAGGUUGCACAGGUACAGUCUCUUUUGAAGGUUAAGGAGAACGAUGUAUCAUUAUCAGACGUGUCAAGCCAGGUGAAGCGGGUUGCAAAGAAAUUAGACAAAAACCAGUCUUUUUCCGACUCACCAGAACUGAGCCCUGAACCUUCUAUUACACAUCGUUCGAACACUGAGGCAUCCUCCGAAUUACAAAGUAAACCAGAUUCCUCGGGUCUUGAUCUUGAGUAUGAGACAUUCAGUGGUUCAGUGGCAGAUUUUGCAGAUUCCACGAAUGAUCAAAUUGCAAAUAAUGGGGAUGAUACGUCGGCUGACUCUCAAAAUUCGGAGUACUCCAAUAUGAACGAUAGUUCAAUCACAGCAAGUACAUCGGCAGCAUUUUCUUCAAAGGAGAAAGACGAAACACCACAAAUCAAGGUUGCAAAGCGGUCGUCAAAACAAAAUGAAGAUACAGUGACAGAUUUCUCCAAAAUCAAGUCGUACCGAGAAAUUUCUUCGGGAAUUAAAACCAAGGAGGGAAAAGACAACACAUUGAAACAAGAAGAUAGAAAACUUCAAGAACUUACAAGCGGGCUUAAACAGUUAACGGUUCAAAUCAACAAGCUCAGGCGUGAAAUUGAAGUGGUUGAUGAGCUGAUGCCGGAUACAUAUGAGGGAUCGCCUCUUGCGCAGUCUACAGAUUACAAAAAGUUAAAGUUUGCACGCGAAAAGCUUCACGAGAAGAGGGAAGCUCUGAAGAAAAAGAGAUACGAGCUUGAAAUCAAGAUAAACAACAAGUUGAAGCAUAUUUACGGCUCUGCAGACAGUGAUCGUGCUCAAUACUGGGCGGCAAAGACGCGGAACUUAUGA